CGGUCCAACCUAGGGUUCUCUGCUGCGAGGAGAUCGACGGAAAGAUGUGGAUCCCUGAAGGCGGCGCCGUUGCAGUUGCCGAUGAUCUUUUGAUGGAGUUGGGUGCUGGACUUGAGCUAGCAACUUUUGCAGUACCACAUCCUUUUCUGCCAUUGGAUUAUAUGGAUAAUGUGGCAAAGAAUGUUGGUGCCAGAGAGCAAAUAAAAAGGAGAUUGAUAGAAAAAGGAAAAAUCACUGAUGAUAGGUUGCUCUUUCGUGUGUCUUGCUAUGCAGCUAAGGUCACUUUGAAUGCUUUGGGAGAGAUGUUUCAAGCUGUACGAAGCAUCAUGAAAUGGCAUGGUGAUUCUGCAAAGAUUAUUGCUUCAGUGAAUCGACCGGUAAGGUGGACUACUCCCCUUAGAUUGCCAGUUAUUCAGCCUUACAGAAAUUCUGAAAGACUUCUUAUAAGAGCCUCACUACAAGUCUUGGCUUUAAAAAGGAUGUUUUUGGCUGCAGCUAAGCAGCAAAAGACAGCUUUUCCUCCAAAUUUUGUUCGUUCUAUUGAUGGUUUUCAUAUGAUGAUGUCGGCUAUUUCCUGCAGAAAUUCUGGUUUAAAUUUCGCAGGGGUGCAAGAUUCUUUCUGGACGCAUGCAUGUGACGUGGACAGAAUGAAUCAAAUUCUAAAAGAACAGUUUGUGGAGCUUUACAACAUUCUCAUCCUCGAGAAUCUGCUUGAGAGUUUUGAGACAUCUUUUCCAACGUUAACUUCUCUUUCUCUGCCAAGGGGCGAUUUUGAACUUCAAAAAGUUCUCCAAUGUCCCUAG